AUAAAGUUAAUACCACUGUGGCAGUAAACUUGAGAAUCACUAGCAUUACUUUUACAAUUGGCUUGAGUGACAACACUUCGAAAGAAUACCAAGAAUUUGAAGUGAAUUUUAAAUUAGAGGUGAGAAUGUGAUCAAUCAAAGUAAGUGAAUAGUUUAGGAAUCUAUACAUCAGAUGCACGAUAUAACCUUCCACCUCUCCCUCAUCUUUGUUACAGAUGAAGGGAUUCUAUAAAGAUCUGCCUGGAUAUAAAGAUGUGAUAAUCAUUCAGUUGAGGUAGGUUAUCCUAAACACAAUGAUGUAUAAAUAAUAAGAUGGAUAGGAUGUUCUGUGGUACCUGAAAUAGGGUAAAUAAUGAAACUUACACAUUUAAUUAUAUGAAUAUUUUUUUCAUAUUUUACAGAGAUAUUAAUGGGAUAAAGAGUUUUAGAAACUAUAUGGUAUCUCUUAAACUGCAAAAAUAUGCUAAAUUAAAUAUUCUGCCAAAAUAGUCCAAUUUACCUCUCCUUUUAGUAAAAUGAAAAGAAACAAUUCCUUUUAUAAGCAGUGUGAAGUGCCCAAGUGUAUAUGUAUAUAUCAUUAUUUAUUUAUCCACCUGACUUCAGGUGGAAGGGUUUUUUAAUAUUUUUUUCCCCACCAUACCUUUCUUGGUAUCAAUCUGUGUACAGCCUGGAUUGACUAUAAGAAAGCCUAUGACACAAUGCCCCACAGAUGGAUACUGGAAUGCUUGGCUCUAUACAAGGUCCCCAAGACAAUACGAGCCUUCAUCAAGAACUUCAAAUGUGGCAUAUACCAAGGUGAUGUGCUUUCCCCAAAUACUGUUCUGCAUAGACCUCAAACCCUUCACUUAUCAAGAACAGUGGAUACAGAUAUAGUUUCAAGAGUGAAGCUACCAUCAGCCACCUACUCUACAUGGAUGACAUCAAGCCGUAUGCCAAGAAUGAAUGGGACAUUGACUCACUGAUCCACCUAGGAUCAACUGAUCCACCUAGGAUAUACUGCAAGGACAUCAGAAGGUCAUUCAGACUAGAUAAGUGUGGGCUGAUGAUGGCAAAAAGAGGACAGAAGGAACUCAAGUACAAGAAGGCCAAACACAAAAUGGAGAGAUACAAAUACUUGUGGGUACUACAAACACAUGGCACUCAAGAGGAAGAGGCAAGGAGGAUAGCAAAAUGCAAGUCCCUUCAGAGAGUCAGACAAGUCCUGAAGUCCCAGCAAGACCAAGAUUCACCAGUCAUCAGGUACCCAGCUGAAUGACCUGGAGAAGAGGAGAACUGGUCACCAUGGAUGUCAAGAAAUGGAAACUAUUCACUUUGAAUGGAGGAUUCCACCCGCAAACCAGCAAUCUCUCUCUUUCUCUCUCUCUCUCUCUCUAAUAUAUAUAUAGAAAGUCAACCAAACCUUGGACAAUUUUAGGAAUAACGAUUGCACAAAUAAAUCAAGUGGUUGUAAGUAUUUGGUAAAUAAAGUGUGCAUUGCUGGACAUGUAGACUGUGUUUCUUGUUCUAAUAUGAGAUAUAUAUUGUGAUGGACCGCCUGGCACCCAGUACCUCCAUCAAUCACUGAUUCCUAUUACUUGCGAGCAUCAUAAGCACUGCACUGGAAGACCAUAACCACCGUAAACCCCACAACCUGCCACAACUUGGCUGGGGACUCGCUGUCCUCCACCCACCCUUACCCUGGAGCUUGUUCCCCUCAUCCAGACAAAUUAUUUCACUGAACAGUGCCCUUCUAAAUUGUAUAGAACCGAACGCAGGCGAUGAUGGAAGUCCAGCGGUGUUCGGGAGUUUCUGUGUCCGAUUUUAGUUCCAUGAGAUUCAUGUCCAAACACUGCUGCCUGUGUUUAUGCGAACAAGAUGGCCACAACCUUGUGGUUGUCCAUAGGAAUUGUGGCCACCCAGUUGAACAAUUAGAACACUGCAGUGAAAACCGUCCCAAGGUGUUAAUGGGUGUUAACAAGCUCCCAGGGUGGUCCCAGAUUUGUGCGGUUGUUAAGUAGUCAAACGGGACAAUGUUAGAAUGCAAUCUACCGAACAGAAUAGCAAAAAGGUACGAACAAGGUCUUUUAUGAGCCUUUUUGCAUGGCCCAUAGUCCUGAGGCAGGAGGUUGAACACGUGACGAGGCUCAGUUUGUCAAUAUAUAUAUAUAUAUAUAUAUAUAUAUAUAUAUAUAGAGAGAGAGAGAGAGAGAGAGAGAGAGAGAGAGAGAGAGAGAGAAUAUAAAUUAUGUUAGCCCUCACCAUCUUUAAAAGUUAAAACCAGUUCUUUAUUAUCCCACAUGGAUCAUCACAUUACUUUGCAGAUGCUUCUAAACACAAUCCCAGCAACUUGGUUUUGUCUCUCGGUGUUCCUGCUAACAUCUUGCAAACAUCCACUGUGUGCUAGAUUGUCUCAGACAAUAUAUAUACAGUUGUGCUCAAAAGUCUGAAUACCCUAGCAGACAUUUUGACAUUGAUUUUAAAAAUAUGACUGAUCAUGCAAAAAAAUGUAUUUUAUUGAAUGAUAUUGAUCAUAUGAAGUCAUUUUUAUCACAUGGUUGUUUGGCUCCUUUUUUAAAUCAUAAUGAUAACAUAAAUCACCCAAAUGCCUGAUCAAAAGUUUACAUACCCCUGAAUGUUUAGCCUUGUUACAGACACACAAGGUGACACACACAGGUUAAAUUGGCAAUUAAAUGUUAAUUUCCCACACCUGUGACUUUUUAAGUUGCAAUUAGUGUCUGCUUAUACAUAGUCAAUGAUUUUGUUAGCUCUUACGUGGAUGCACUGAGCAGGAUAGAUACUGAGCCAUGGGGAGCAGAAAAGACCUGUCAAAAUAUCUGUGUAACAAGGUAAUGGAACUUUAUAAAUAUGAAAAAGGAUAUAAAACGAUAUCCAAAGCCUUGCAAAUGCCAGUCAAAACUGUUCAAUCACUUAUUAAGAAGUGGAAGAUUCAGGGAUCUCUUGAUACCAAGCCAAGGCCAGGUAGACAAAAAAAGAUUUUAGUCACAACUGCCAGAAGAAUUGCUUGGGAUACAAAGAAAAACCCACAGGUAACCUCAUGAGAAAUGCAGGGUGCUCUGGAAAAAGACGGUGUGGUUGUUUCAAGGAGCACAAUACGACGAUACUUGAACCAAAAUGAGCUGCAUGGUCAAGUUGCCUUUACUGCACCAAUGUCACAAAAAGUCCUGGUUACAAUAUCCCCGACAACACCUUGAUAUGCCUCACAGCUUCUGGCACACUGUAAUUUGGAAUGACAACCAUAUAUAUAUAUAUAUAUCAGUAAAUAUUUAUUUGGGGUUUAUCCUUUUACCUUAUUUUUUACAUUUUACCAGACUUUGUUUAUUUCUUGCAGCCAGGGCUCUGUCUAUGUUGACCACGAGGUGAUUGUUGAGGCUGAAUAUAGUGAAAAUAACUCUGUGAUUAAACAGUAUGAGGAGAUACUUCAGAAAGUUAACCAAACUUUGGAAAAUUCAAGAAAUAUCGAUUGCACAGGUGAAUCAAAUGAACGCUAG